AUGGCCCAGGGGGUGGCAUUCGGCGUGAGCGCGUACGCGAUCGGGGUGAUAUUCUUUAUCACCACAUUCUUCCACGCUCACGGCGAGCAACCGUGGCCAGCGAGCCGCCUGAGCGGUGCUAAAAAGGCCUGGAUCAUUCUUGCCGGCCUCUUCUGGCCAUUCACUGCUCUGGGCAUCUGUCUUGGCCGCCCUCUGCGUGUGGUCUUCUACUGGCUCGCACCCUGCUUCUCUGCCUGUUUCCCCUGUUGCUUCGGUCAAGAUGAGGAGCGCGCAACCUACACUUGCCAGUGGCCGAUUAUGCGACGGCUGCCGCCUGCCCGGCUUCAGCAUCCUUCACUCGCCGCCGGCUUCAAUCAGGAGGAUAUUGAGUUCCAGGAUCUCCAGCCCUCUUUCCAUGUUCUCCCACAGAGCCACGGAGAAGGCCACCCCCAAGCUGACUUCCCAGCGAGCAACCCGUCACAAACACCUCACGUCCUUCCCGUUCAGAUCUCGCAUCCGUAUCCGGCCAUGCAUGCGCCGAUCGCUUAUCCAGAAGCCGCGCUCCAGACACCCUUCAACAACAGCCAGAAUCCGUUUCCAGAGGCGGCUGCUCCUUACCAGCUUGCUGGCCCUUACCAAGAGGCACACUCUGAUUCGGCAGAGACGCUCGCGUACCCAGAAGCGGCACAUCAGAACCCAUCCUGCGAUGGUCAAUCGCCCUCUCCCUGCCCUCGAAACAGAAUUCUCGACUGGGACGACGGAUAUCGCCGCGGCGUCACUCGAUUCCAUCAGUAA